AUGACUGCGGCCAGCUUCUUCCAGGAUCAGAGCUUCCCCGACCAGUGGAUGGAGGGCGAAGAUCAACCACACCUGGAGCUGAUGGAGACCAUGGCGCCUUUCAUGACGGGUCACACGAUGGGCCCGAUGAACAUGGCAGACGGUUUUCAUUCCCUCUUCCAGACUCCCACGCCGAAACGACAGGGAAUGAUGAGAGGUCAGCAUUCACAGAAGCGACAGCGCGGAUCACAAGGUCAUGCGCAGCAGGUGAGGGGCCCCGGUCCCGGUCUAGGACCCCAAGGCGUGUCGCUCCCGGCUCUGAUACGGAUGAUGGCAAUCCAGCUACAGCGCCAGGAAGAGGCAUUGCGAGUACUGGCGCAAAGCACCGAAAUGAUGUUGUUCAUGCAGGCAGGGCCAGGCUCUUAUCUGCCCAACCUUCUGCAGUUGAGCCAGACGUGGCAUCAGCAACAGGCGGCGAAGCAGGUGGACAAGCCAUUGCGUCAACACAUGUCGGUGGCUCUUUGGACGGAGCUCGGAGCACGGGUCACGAAGGCCCGAGAGCAAAUAGCCCAGGAGCUGGGGCAGGGUCUGAUGGCAAAAAAGAUCCUCAAUGCGGAAGGGUCUUGGGCAUACAUGGCGUGGGACCAGGCGACGAAAAGUCUGGUUCCCACGACGCGAGAGCCCAUCAAGAUGACGGACAUGCACCAGCUGCUGAAGGUGAUCAUCGAGCACCUCAACAUGCCUGGAAUGGUCACGCGCUUCAAAGCACACAAGGCGCUAAAAACAGUGAACAUGCAAGCGGCGGCCUGUGUAGUCCCGUGGCAGCUGGAUAUCUCCUUGCGCCACCCUCAAAGCUCGCGCUUGUGGACGAGUCUCGUGACACUUCAGGGGAAUGGAGUGCUACAACUUCUCAACACACAGAUGCGAGCGGCCACCCUUCGGCGGUCCAAAUUGUGCGAUCAGAUUGCCCAGCAGGUGUUCAAGAAGAAUGGUUACCUCAAACAUCUCCCCCCGGUCGAUUCCCUUAUGAAAGACUGGUUCACCGAGCAUAGCGAUCAACGACAGCAUGAUGCCGCCGAGUUCUACCAUUGGUGUAUGCAGACUAGUCAGUUUCAACAGCAUUCGGGGUAUUGGUGGCGAUUUGAAAAACAUGCUUCGCUGCUAAAUGUGUGCAUCCCGCUCUUGCUGCAGCACGGCGCUUUGAGUCUGCAGUCGUCUAUUUCGCAAUGGCACAGGAGUUCUGACGUGGUACAUGUUAUGUGCUCCCAGGCCCAGUUCGUGUGCAUGCAAAUCGGAGACCGACUUCGAGCAGAACAGCCGCAAUGGCCUGAGAUACUUGAUCCGGAUUUUCGCUUGACUCUGCCUCACCUUGUGGAUGACGCUGGAGUUCCAUCAGAUGAUAACGUGGAGUGGCGAGCAUACCAGGUCAGUGCAUGUGUACUUCGCAAGGGGUUUCAGAGGGAACAUGGGCAUUGUCAGGCGAUGCUCUUCAGCUCAUCGGGCGUCUACUUGUGCGAUGAUGGCCGGAGUGCCAAGCUGCUCAACGAUGGCGACGCCAUUCAGGAGUUACAACACAUGUACAUGCUUUGGGUCGUGCGUGAUCCUGAUGCUCAGGUCCCCCAGUCAUGGACAUGUGAGGCAGAUGAUGCGAUUGCUGCGGUGGCGGUGCCGAGCAACUCAUCCCAGGCCUCGCUCCUGGGUGCGUCGUUUUCGAUUGCCGAUCUCUUGCAAGCUCACUUUGGAUGA